CGGCCUGUGACGAGGGAAUAGCACGUGACCCUACCGCCGCGCGCCGCUCCCUCGGCUACCGCGCGGGCUCCGGCAGAGGCGGUUGAGCGACAGUGGGCGGUCGUCGGGUGGGCCGGCAGUCUUAGCUUGGCAUGGCAUCCCAGUCGGAGAAGCCAGGCCCGAGUCAUCGAGGAGGGAGCCCGAGUCGCUCACCCUCUGGGACCCGGAUGAUGGGGCAAAAGCGAGGAGGCCGGAAGGGAUCGCCAGUCCCUCGGGCCAGCCCGAGUUUAGCUGAGGUCCGGCGCAGAGGGCGGGCAAAGAAAUUGAGUCAGGUGUCUGAGCAAGAGCUGGUGACCAACCUUGAGGACCUAGACCUCGAGGCUGAUUUCGCAAUACCGUCGGGGACAGGCCUGGUGCUGGAUGAGAGAAUGGGUGCUUUCCACUGCUCCUGGGAUGAAAAUUUCCCUGAGAGACCAGAACGCCUUCAGGCUGUGCGGGAACAACUGGCCAGGGACUGUCUGCUUGAGAGAUGUAUCCGCAUUGAGGCCCAGCCAGCCACUCCCCAGGAGCUGCAGCUCGUCCAUAGCCAAGAAUACGUAGCCCUGAUGGCAUCCACACCACAGAUGACUGAGACGGAUCGUAGGGCCCUCUCGGACACCUAUGAUUCUGUCUACCUGCACCCGAACUCAUUCCCUUGUGCCCUCCUGGCUACCGGGGCGCUGCUUCGGCUUGUGGAUGCCUUGAUGGUAGGCGAGAUCCGAAAUGGGCUAGCUCUUGUCAGGCCCCCUGGCCAUCAUGCCCAGCGUGAGAACAUGAACGGCUACUGCAUGUUCAACAACAUUGCCAUUGCUGCCCGCUAUGCCCAAGAAAAACACCACGUCUCACGGAUACUCAUUGUGGAUUGGGACGUCCACCAUGGCCAAGGCACACAGUUCAUCUUUGAGCAGGACCCCAGUGUCCUCUACUUCUCUGUUCACCGCUAUGAGCAGGGCCGAUUCUGGCCCCACCUAAAAGCUUCUGACUGGCAGGCAACAGGCAGUGGCAAGGGUCAGGGAUAUACUGUCAACGUGCCUUGGAACCAGGUGGGGAUGAGGGAUGGGGAUUACAUCAGCUCCUUCUUACAUGUACUGCUGCCCAUUUCUCUGGAGUUUCAGCCUCAGAUGGUUCUGGUGGCCGCUGGCUUUGAUGCCAUGCUGGGGGACCCCAAGGGAGAGAUGGCAGCCACUCCAGGGGGCUUUGCCCACCUCACUCACUUGCUCAUGAGUCUGGCCAAAGGGAAGUUGAUUCUGUCUCUGGAGGGUGGCUACAACUUGCGUUCCCUUGCUCUGGGGGUCAGUGCCACUCUCCAAACCCUCCUGGGAGACCCAUGUCCCAUGUUGGCAACACCUUGCGCCCCCUGCCCCAGUGCCCUGGCUUCCUUGUCCUAUACUCUGGCUGCUCAGAGACCUUUCUGGAAGGUCAUACAGAGGUUUCAGUCAGCCCGUGCGGACAAGGAGGAAGAGCACGGGGAGGUGAGUCUAGGCCCCUCACCCGAUCUUGAGGCACUAGGGAAGCCCUUGGAGCAGGUCCUCCCCUUACCUCUGAACCGAACAGGCUUGGUAUAUGAUGAGAGGAUGAUGGAGCAUUUCAAUAUGUGGGACAGCCACCACCCAGAGCGGCCUGAACGCAUUGCCCAAAUAGCUCAGCGCCACGCGGAGCUUGGGCUGACCCCUCGAUGCCUCCCUUUGCCUGCCCGUACGGCCACGGACCAUGAGCUGCUGAGCUGCCACAGUGAGGAGUACAUUGACCGUGUUCGGGCCACGAGUGGGCUGAAGCCUCGGGACCUGCACCGGGAAGGGGAAAGUUACAACUCCAUCUAUAUCUCCCCCCGCUCCUUCUGCUGUGCCCAGCUCGCUGCUGGUGCUGCUUGCCGUUUGGUGGAGGCCAUCUUGGCCAGGGAGGUGCAGAAUGGGCUGGCCAUUGUCCGCCCACCAGGCCACCAUGCUGAAAGAGAUGCUGCCUGUGGUUUCUGCUUCUUCAAUUCUGUGGCUGUGGCUGCUCGACAUGCUCAGGAGGUGGCAGGCCGGGCCCUCCGAAUCCUCAUUGUGGAUUGGGACAUUCAUCACGGCAAUGGAACGCAGCACAUGUUUGAAGAAGACCCAAGCGUGCUCUACGUGUCCUUGCACCGCUAUGAUCACGGCACCUUCUUCCCCAUGGCUGAGGAUGGCGCUAGCAGCCGUGUGGGCCGGGGCCAGGGAGAGGGCUUCAAUGUCAACGUGGCAUGGAAUGGGCCCCGUCUUGGAGAUCCUGACUACCUCACUGCCAUGCACCAUAUUGUGAUGCCCAUUGCCUAUGAGUUCAACCCUGAGCUGGUGCUGGUGUCUGCUGGCUUUGAUGCUGCUCGGGGGGACCCACUAGGAGGCUGCCUAGUUUCCCCAGAGGGCUAUGCACACAUGACUCACUUGCUGAUGGGGCUGGCUGGUGGCCACAUUGCCCUUGUCCUCGAGGGUGGCUACAACCUAACAUCCAUCUCCGAAUCCAUGGCUGCUUGUACCCGGACCCUUCUGGGUGACCCACCCCCCCUGCUCCCCUGGCUUCGGCCCCCAUUGCCUGGGGCCUUCCUCUCACUAGGUGAGGUUACCCAGACCCACCGGAAGUAUUGGCAGAGCCUGCGGCUUACUGCAGUAGAGAUGGAAGUGGAAGAAGGGGAGACCCCACUGGAGCCCGCUGAGAAGGAGAGUACCCUGGGGCAGAAGCUUCCUGAAGAGAGCCGCCCCGAGGCAUUGGCCCCAGGACCAAAGCUAGAGGAACGGCCUCCAUCAGCCAAGCUUGAGGAGACCCUAGGCCUAGAGUCCCUGCGGCUCAGCAGCGCCUGUUCUCCCGGGGAGCCAGAUGCUGAGGCCGUCAUUGCCAAAGAAGAGGAUCCUGAGGAUCCUGGCCUACUUGAGGCAGCUGGCGGAGGGGGCCCCGCUACUUCCACACUGCUGAUGAUAGGGGACCAACUUGAUACUGAGGGGGCUACAUUCUAUGCUGUGACCCCCCUAUCUUGGUGCCCACACCUGGCGACUGUGCGCUCAGUGCCUGAGGGGGGCCUGGAAGUCACCCAGCCAUGCCAGGACUGCGGCACCCAUGUGGAGAAUUGGCUCUGCCUGUCUUGCUAUCAGGUUCAUUGUGGCCGCUACAUUCAAGCUCACAUGCUCCAGCACCAUGAGGCCUCCGGCCACCCCCUGGUCCUAAGCUAUGCUGACCUCUCAGUCUGGUGUUACACCUGCCAGGCCUAUGUGAACCAUGAAGUUCUGUCAGAAGCCAAGAAAACAGCAUACCAGUCCAAAUUUGGGGAGGAGAUGCCAAAUUUGCCGUGAUGACUCCCCUGUGGCAAUGGCCUUGAUGCUACCGUUCUUUUGGAUUAUUGUUCUAAUUCCUAUGGUUGUAGUUGAUGGUGGGGGCACUUUUGAGGAGGGGGAGGGUCAAAGGUGCCACCAUGAGGUAGCAAUAAACAUUCUUAAUGCAA